GGGCGCAGCUAAAAUCCGUGACCUCUGACAUGUGCAUUAUUUUGCAGCAGACGAAAGAAACAAGAAACGCGUUGCAAGCGGAACAAAACGUAGUUCACGGCACUUAUUAGUCUCUCGCAGGUCAACAGUACCGUGGCCAUCAUGACUGGCAAAUGUUAUAGGUGCGCUACAAAAUUUGGUCUAUUUAGAAAAGAGGUUGGCUGUCCUAGAUGUGGGUUUGCCUUCUGCAGUAAGUGUGUGUGUAAAUCUGUGGUCCUACCAGGGCAACAGGCGGCCUCCAGUGUGUGUCACAAAUGCUAUGAUGAAGUCACAAGUCAAAAGAAAAAGGUAGUCUCGGGAAGAUACUCCCCUCCAGCAAAUUUUAAAAAGAGACUGGAGAAGCAUGCAGCAGCCUCAGACAGACACCACACAGCGGCAGCCACACCACCACUCCCAGGGGGGUCUGUACAGGGGGGGUUCCCUGCAGGGUCUAAGGACAGGGAGAUCGCUGAGAGACUUCAGAGACUUAAGGAAGACAGGAAACCAGCCCACAUCCCCACAGAACAGGAGAUGGCAGCCAGACUAGCAGCCCUGAAAGGCACAGACAAGCCUUCCCCCUCCCAACAGGAAAUCACAGACAGACUGGCCGCACUUCAGGGGAAGGACCCUGCUGCCUCACAGCCAAGCUCAUUGCUGCUUCAGCCAACCCAAAAGAGGACUGAUGUAGAGAGAGUGGACAGCCUACUGAACCAGAUAGGGGAGGAAGUUACACUAGACAACAGGACAGAUGGUCUGGCACAGGAGGAUGAAGAGAAUGACCUUGGGAAGGAGGGACCGUCCAGAGGCAUGUCCACCUCCUCAGGCCUGCCUACCAACAUCUCCGCCCAGUCUGAGGAUGGAGAGGACACAGCACACAGACAGGAGGAGGAGGUGAGGAACCUGAUCACACAGGCCCAGGCCGAGCUGGGGGCUGAACAGGCAGGCAGGUACAGAACACAGGAGCUGACACACAGGCUGGACAAGCUCAAGGGACUGGACAAUCUGACAGGAGAUGGGGCAUACUCAAAGUGGGACAGUGAUGAAGAUGAAGCAGACACCACCAGAAGGAUUCUUCAACAGGCCUUUGAAGAGGACAAAUUAGAUGAUAAAGUGAAAGCAUCAGGAUAUGCAGAUCUUCUGGGCCAAAAGAAGGGUAGAGGUACCAAGGCACAAGGUGUACCCAAGGCAACCAGACAGAAGUUAGUUGCUGAAGACUCUGACAGUGAUGAGGAGCUGCCCUGGUGCUGCAUCUGUAACCAGGAUGCCACCCUGCGGUGUCAUGGCUGUGAUGAGGACCUGUACUGCAGGAGGUGCUACAGGGAAGGCCAUGACCGUAUGGACAUAGAAGAUCACACCACUUCUCCAUACAAGCCUCCAGCAAAGGGCAGAUGAUCAGUACUGUACCUGAGGACAAGUAUGAGAAAGAGUGCGGGAGUUGAAAACAACCCACUACUAUUGGACUAGACCCUACUGCAGUGGCCUAUGAACACUAUCAAAUAUUGAGUUUUUAAAGAGUUACAAUUUGUUUUACAAUGCUAAAUGAAUGUGUUUUUAAAUAUUGAAUGUUCACAUCUGGUUAAGGCAUUGAGGCAGCUUUAUUCAUAAGAAAAGGAGCACUGAUUGAUAAAAGGAUACUCCAUUACAAGGUAAGCUAGUAAACAAAAACCAAUUAUAAAAUGUAGUAAUGAAUAACUGAAGCAGCAAGAAUGUUGCAAAAGUACACAGUCAUUAACGCUUCCAACAAGACAAUAUACAAGGACUAUCAUGGAACUAUAUGUACCAGUCAACAAGCUAAGGAAAGCACAGCAGCUUCUUCAAGUACAAGAAACAUUUAUGACAGGGCUCACAAGAAUGCUGCAAAUUCUAUAUGCAAAUGUACAAAUAUACAAAUGAAGUGAUGACAAUAAAACAUUUAAGUUUUA